GACAGGAUGGUGGGAGGUUAGAAGGUCAAGGACUCGCAGACCAGGAGUUGGAGGGAUUGCCCACGUGCAGGGUGAAACCACUCAGAAGUUAGGCGUGUGCUGCAGAAAGUGACAGUGAGCUGGGAGCUGAAAUCGUCAAGGAAUAAAUGAUGAGGACUUCCUUCCUGGCCUGCCUGGAACUUCGAACCAGAGCAUUUUAGAGAGGAGAGAGGGAGAAUGGUCGGGAAGGGGUGACUGGAAGCAAAGAGGGCGCCCCCUCCUGCCUAGAGUUCUGAGAGAAAGAGCCCUCACCUGACAGGGCUGCUCAGGAAGCAGGGUCCACAGGGAUCUGUCAUCAGUGUUAGGAGUGGGUGCCGGAAGACACGAGAAAAUUACAAGGGAAAGGGGUGGUACAGGGGUUGGGGAGAGGAGACCCCAAGGGGCCCUGAACAGGACAGCCGGGGCUGGACCUCAGGGCAACCAGGGAUGCUGGGGAAGCGUGGGAGUGGGGACCAGGGCUGGGCGUGGCUGGGUAGGAGGCGGGCACCCUAUCCUCACCCCUCAGAGUCCCCCUAAUCAAACAGGACCGGCUGCGGUGUGGACCAAGGUCACUGCCACCCUGGCUUUGCCCUGGAGCCCAUGGAGCUGAGACCUGACACCAGCCACAAGGAGAAUGUGCCCCCCAGGCCGGCCACCCCCCUGAGGCCAGGCAAGAGGCUCAGGGGGUCUGGGUCAGAGGUGGCAGGAGUGAGGUCCCCUCGGGUAGCAGCCCAGCGGCCCUUUCCCAGACAGCAAUGGAGACUCCGGAAGAGCCUGGCCAGUACACAUGGCCGGUGGGUGCCCGUGGGCCAGGCCGAGAGCAGGGGGGCUGCCACCACACCAUCCCCGGGGGCAGCGCUGUGCCAGGAGCCCUGCCGAGUCCAGAGCAACCUGACCAGCCCCAGCCUGGGCCUCACCCUGAGGGACACGCCCGAGCUGACCAACUCAAGCUUCCGACAGCAGAGCAACUUGCAGCCCCUGGCCGGGAGGCCCCAAGGAACAGCCCAGGCGUUUGCCAUCCAGCAGAGUGACCUGAGCAUCAGGGAGACGAGCGAAAGCUUCUGGCCGCACGGGAUGCCCGGGGGAAGCCCUCUACCCCGAGGGCCAUUGGCCUCCCCAGCCUCCCACCCGAGGUGGUCCCGGCUGCUGUCCACCAAUACCCCCUGCCCAGACAUUGGGCCCGCUGCAGGCCUGGGCCCGCUCGAAGGGCACACACGGCUGGACCCCAGAUCCCAGUGUGUCCUGGGGGGCUGGACCUCCAGGCUCGUGGGGGAACCCCUCACCCUGGAGGACCUGGCUGCCCCUGCCCAGAGCCGGACUCGGGCUCCGUCCCAAGUUGCCAUUCACCAGCUGCUGGCCUCUGUGCAACGCCUGGAGCGUGAGGCAGUCCGUCUCAGGUGCCAGGCAUCCUGGGAACCCCCAGGCCCUGUGCAGCAGGAGUCCUGGACCAGAGCCGGCCAGAUACUCCCUGCUCACCCCCAGCCCAGCCAGCCUGUUCUUGCUUCCUGGGAUGAGAGGAGGAAACAUACCCAAGGUUUCAGGGAAACUGCAGGUUUCCCGGAAGCACCGGGGGUCCAGGAUGGUCUCUCAGACUCUCAGGCAAGCAGCAAGUCUGCAUCACUGGAGACUGCUUUGGAGAUGCUUCCCGGGGUUGCCCUUGACCCUGAGCAAGGGGUCCUUCCUGCCCACCCUGUAAGACGAGGAGAGAAGUGCUCCCCAGGGACUACAUACGGCAGGGGACAGAGGGAGGACCUGCUCCCUCAAGGGGCGGGCAGCAGGGAGGCCAGACUCUGCCCUUCAGCCUCGUCCAGUUCAGCCCGGGGCAUCCUCCCUGGGCGGGAAGGAGGGGACAGGACCCCGCGGGAGCAGGUCGGCAGCGAAGAAGAGAGGCCGGCUUCCGGUCUGCCAGACACGGCGCCCGCGAGGAGUGCCCUGCAGGGAGAGGCCAGAGGGACCUGUAAGGCUGUCCUGCAUUCAUUCCCCUGCCCCCAGGAGCUCUCUUGUCUGGGAUUUCCAAGGCUAGCCCUCCAUAGAGGGAAGUUCUCCCGGGGUCCAGCCAGCUCUCCUGCCGCAGCGUGGAGUAUCACCCUCCAUGCUGGAAAGGCGACGCGGGUGCUGCUGAGCCCCCAGCUCUCCCUGGGACUGGGGACCGGGCCCAUCCCCUGGUCAGCCUGGUCUGUCCCCAGCCAGCAGUGGCUGUCCAGAUGUUUCAGAGCGUGGCGGCACUGGGUGCAGAGGCGGCGGGCAGUGGCAGCGGCCAUGGUGCUGGGUUGCCGGCAGCUGUUGCGCAGGGGCCUACGGGCGCCGCGGUGGACACUGUGGCUCCGGGAGGCCCAGCUGGAGGCGGCGUGGGGACGACACACGCAGGCCCUGCUGGCGCGGACCUUCCAAAAAGUUAGGGGCCUCCAGGUUGGACCGUGGGGGGGUGACGAAGUGCCCGUGUGUCUGGGGAGGAGGCUCUCCUGGGGCGCAUCUUCCUCCUGUGAUGCAGCCUGGGUGUCCCCACUGGACACCCGGCGCCAGAGGGCCUGGCUCUGCAGGUGCUUUGGGGCCUGGCAGCGGUUCGCACAAGGAGGGACCCGGUACCGGGACCACAUGGCCACGCGGGCAGGGACCCUGAGGAUGUGCCUGCAGCAGUGGGUGCAGACGAAGCAGCUCCAGGCCUCAGAUGGGGCGAAGGUGACCCAGCUGUCCCUUUGUUGGCGGGAGGCAGGUGAGCGAGUGGCGGACCGAGGGGCUCCCUCUCUCUCCCACCCCAGCAAACAGCGUCACUUAAGCUCCUUCUGCAGUCGCCCAGUUGAUUUAGGGAUGCUCGUGGUGGGAGGUGAUGGGAUCGGGAGUUUUCUCGGGGAUGCGGCCUGGCAGGCCUGGGAGGGUCCGGAGGGGUCCCUGGAGCAGCAGGCUUUGGUGGGCCCCAUCCUGACCUCCAUCAUGAGCUCCUCUAGGCGAGAGACCUGUUCAAUCUUCCACCUGGAAGAGAUGGAGCCCCUGCUUCUGGGAAGCUUCUGCUCAGACCCUGGGGGGGCCACAGCCCACAGCCUGGGGGUGGUGACCCAGGCCCAGGCGCUGCCCCGGGAGCAAGGCCAGGGCUCCCUGCAGGAAGCUGGCCGGAGGCUGGCCCUCCACCGGGCGCUGCUGCUCUGGAGGACGCAGCUCUCCCAGCGCCAGCGGGCGGACUCCUUCUUCGAGGGCGUGCAGCAGCGGGCGCUGCGUCACAGCCUGAGGGGUUGGUGCCUGAGGGCGCGGGAUCUGGGCAGUGCCAGGACCACCUUGGCCCCAGCGGUUCUGGGCGGUGUCCUGGGAGGAAAGGCCCUGCCGGGCUGCAGGACACCCCGCAGCUCCCUGGCAGGUGAGGGGGAGAGGGUGGGGAGGGCUGGGAAGGGGAGGGGAGGGGGGAGGGGGGUGGCAGCACCCAGGGCACCCAGGACUCCACAGCUCCUUCCCCAGGCUUCCCGGGCCCCCGCCCUCCUGGAGGUGUUCCGGGUGAGCUUUCUGUGGGCAGCUGGGCAGCAGCAGCAGGGGCGGCACCUUCUGCUCUGGCAGGCACAGGCCCAGCAGUCCCGGGGCGUGGCAAGGUGGCAUCAGUGGGGAGGGGAGGGGAGGGGAGGGGAGGGGAGGGCCGGGCUGGCCCAGGGUGGCAGUGACCACCUGAGGGUGGACACUCCCCUUCCCAGCAACCUCCUUUGCUGGAGCCACUGGGCAACAGCCCAGGGGGCCAGGAGAGAGCUGGCUGCCCGCCGGGCCUGGAAUCAGAGCUGCAGGGCCGUGCUGGGCCUGUGGCGGCAGCAGCUGGUGCAGCAGCAGGAGACGGAACAGUGGGCCCGGGUGGGAUGGGGACUGGGCCACUGGCACUGCUGCUGGCAGAGGCCUGCGCAGGAGGCAGCAGCUUGUCAGAGACCCACGGCGGCCGGUCCAGAGCAGCUCCUACUGCAGAGCCACUUCCAGGCCUGGUGUGGAGUAGCGAGAGGCACAGGGAUGCCCCGGGCCAAGGGUCCAGCCUUCCAGGAUGGCCUGAGGAGAUGGGCACCAGGGGCCACAUUUGCCAGUGAAGCCCCAGAAGCUGCAGCCCGGCCUCAGGAGCAGCGCGUGGCCCAGGCCUCCUUCUCCUGCUGGAGAAGCCAAGAACAGGGACGCCAGGUGGACAGCAAGCUGAGGAGGGCCGGGCCCAGCCGGCCUCCGUUGCAAGGUGACAGAGAGCCUCCCCUCGGCCCUGCCUCCCAGCUCCAGCUGCUGGAGCGAGGGUCAGCGCCCUACGGGGCCAGAAGGGGACCCAGCUCUGAGACCAAAGACCUCGAGGGCAAAGGCGAGGCCGAGCAAAGGUGUCUGGGGUGGGAGCAGAGUGUGUGCGAGGAAGUACCUGCAGCACUGGCGCCUUGAGGCAUUGCUUCGCCGGCUCCGGGGUUCCCUGCAGGCCGCCCGGGCAGCUGCAUGGCAGCGCUGGCUCAGGCAGUGGCACCUGAGGCGGGCCUGGUGACGGCCUUUGAAACACGGCACCAGCGUCUGGCAGCCAGGGGCCUGAGGGGCAGAGCCAGCAGCAGUGGGAGGCCUCGGAGCAGGCAGGAAGCCACCAGAGCCCCUGUGCUUGGUGGACUUGGGGUGAAGCAGGGGGCCCAGCAGCAGCUGUGA